UAAAAAAAAUGUUUUAAUUCACAAUAAAUAGAAGUAUAUAUUUGUCUGUCAUUGACAAUGUGACGAAGGGCUGGUCACCAACUCCCACUCACAACACAACGAUUCAAAGGAAUGUGGAUUUGGAGCUUACUUCUAAUUUCUUGUCACUAAAAUCUUUUUUUUUUUUCUUCUUUCUGCUUGAUAAUAGUAACAAAAAUUUAAUCUUUUUAUUUGGGGUUCAACACCAUUACUAUUUCAGCUCUUGAAUUUCUUCUACUUGCUGCUACUAUAGCAAAGUGCCACCUUUUUUGCAGAGAGCAUCUACUUUUGUACGCUUUGACAUACUAGUAUGAGACUUUCUUCCCUGAAUUCAACAAAGGAGAAUCCCACACACACGAAAUCUCUGUUUUGCUACCACUUUUACUUCUUUUAACACCAAAAGCCACUCAUUGCCCAAAAGCCAUUGUUGCAGCAGCAGAUUUUAGGGAGUUUUUUCUUUAGCAAAGAAGAAGCCCUUGUAGUCAAAAGUGCCAUUUUUUUGCUUGUGCACAUGUCCAUCUUUUGUGUUCCGACUACAACUUAGCUCAAAUAUGCAAGAAAAAUUUGGGCUUUUUGACUGGAGCUGAGGUUUUUGAGUACCCCUUUUACACUCUAAAGAAACCUCAAUCUUGAUUUGGAACGGAGCUUGUGAGUGAGAUGGGUUUUGAAGGGUUUAGCAGUAGUAAAUGGCCUGGGCUGGUUAGACAUCAGCGUUCCAACAGCUUCCCAGAUAGCAAAAGAUCCGAGGAAGGUAGGCUGGUUCAAUCUACUGAAGCAGUCGCUGAAGAAAAGCUGGAUAUGGGUCCCUUAAAUGGUUGUACCAACGGCAACAAGACAUUUUCAUCGAAUGUCGAGAUCCAACAAUCUUUGAGGAAAGAGAUAUUGACGCUCGAAAAGAGAUUACAAGACCAAGUUUCUGUUCGUUGUGCUCUCGAGAGGGCGCUUGGUUAUCGAGCUUCUUCACAUGAUAUUACUAGUGAAGCCACAAUUCCUAAGCCUGCAACAGAACUCAUUAGAGAAAUUUCAGUUUUGGAGCUAGAAGUAGGGCAUCUCGAACAAUAUCUUCUUUCACUCUACAGGAAAGCAUUUGAUCCGCAAGUCUCUAUUGUAUCUCCGUUAAAGAAAGAUGAAGGAUUCAAAUCGCCCUUAACAACGCCAAGGAGAAGGCGCUUAGAUUUUUCAACAUCAGAUAUUACACCAGCCACGGAAUCUACACCAGUUGUUGAAAAUCCGACAUCCUCCAAUAUGAGGAAAGAAGCUAAUGGUCUAUCUGAAGAGAAACUUGUUGAUUCUGGUGUUCACCGCUCUCAUUCUUCUCUAUCUCAACGCUCAGCUCUUGCAAACAGAACAUCUGGCUCUCCGUCAUCGGAGGUCUUGGGCAAAGCUGUUCGUGCAUGUCAUUCUCAACCAUUAUCCAUGAUGGAGUACGCGCAGAACUCUUCUUCGCAAGUAAUCAGCUUGGCCGAGCAUCUUGGGACCCGUAUUUCUGAUCAUAUUCCAGAAACUCCUAACAGACUUUCUGAAGAUAUGGUCAAGUGCAUGUCCAGCAUCUAUUGCAAGCUUGCAGAUCCUCCAGCUGCAAAUCAUGGCCUUUCGUCUCCAGCUUCGUCUUUGUCAACCACAAGUGCAUUUUCUCCUAAAGAUCAAUGUGACCUGUGGAGUCCGGGGUUCAGAAACGAUUCUUCUUUUGAUGUCCGGCUGGAUAAUCCGUUCCACAUUGAAGGACUGAAAGAUUUUAGUGGACCUUACAGCUCGAUGGUUGAAGUAAACUGUAUAUACAGAGAUAGUCAGAAAUUGGGUGAUAUCGAGUUCUUGUUACAGAACUUCAGGUUGCUUAUUUCUCGAUUGGAAGAGAUAGACCCUAAAAAGAUGACACACGAGGAAAAGCUAGCGUUCUGGAUUAAUGUGCACAAUGCUCUGGUGAUGCAUGCAUUUUUGGCAUAUGGUGUACCGCAAAACAAUAUGAAGCGAAUGUUUCUACUCUUGAAGGCUGCCUACAACGUCGGAGGUCAAAUAGUAAGCGCUGAUGUCAUACAAAGUUCGAUCCUGGGAUGCCGACUGUCUCGUCCUGGACAGUGGCUUAGGUUGCUGCUUUCUUCGAAAACGAAAUUUAAAGCCGGUGAUGAACGACAAGCAUAUGGUAUAGAACGUCCCGAGCCCCUUCUGUACUUUGCACUCUCAUCUGGCAGCCAUUCUGACCCCGCGGUUCGCGUUUUCACGCCCAAAAGGGUGUUUCAAGAGCUAGAAGCAGCGAAAGAGGACUACAUUCGAGCAACAUUUGGGGUCCGCAAGGAUCACAAGAUCCUUCUGCCGAAGCUUGUGGAGUCAUUCGCAAAGGAUUCGGGUCUACGCCAUGGUGAUGUACUGGAAAUGAUCCAACAUUCGUUGCCCGACUCUCUGAGGAGGAGCAUCAAGAAAUGCCAGCAGCAGGCGAAAACACGAAAGAAUGUCGUCGAAUGGGUUGCGCAUAACUUCUCUUUCAGGUAUCUCAUUCUCAAAGACCUCACCAAGUAAAUAUGGGAUCACUGAAGAUUUCAAGUAGCUAACCUCAUUUGUCUUGUUUGAGAGAGAGAGAGAGAGAGAGUAGUUUGUGUUUAGUUGAAGGGAUGGAAUCUGAAGUGGGAAUGUUUGGUGGUAGUGAGAUAUGGUCUCCAUUGCUGAGAUUCAGCUGAUUUUGUAUAUAUUUGUGCUGCACAUUUUGUAUGAGAAGAAAAUAUGAGAGCUUUUAUUUAUUUA